GUCGCCGACAACACCAGUUUCUUGACGGUGUUCGAGCCGAGCGCAUACAUACCUCUACCUCUCUACCUUCCCAUCCAACUAAGUUAACCUACCUUCUUCUCUUCGCUACUCCGCCUUUCCGAGUCGGUGUUCACUUACCGUCGUGAGAUCAUCAAUCGAAACGACUCACCUUCACGACACGCUCAUUAUGUUUUCGCCAGGAAGCGUCGUGCAUUGUUCAAUCGGAGGUGCAUCAUAACAAUUGUUUUGUCAUCGUUCAAAUAAAUCUAUAUAGACGCAAACAAAAACAGACAAUCGCUAUACUUAACGCUCCCUCUUUUAUACUUGGAUUACUUUCCUCUAACAAACUUUACUUUCACAGAUGGAUGAACAGACCGCUCUGGUGCUUGCUCUGCAAUUGGUCGCGCUUUUUUCCAUAGCCGGUGCUCUUCUGCUGUACCUGCUCUGCAAGAUAAAACCAGAGUCUGGAGUGGAGAGCGAGGAGAGCUCACCUGGCGCUGGAAAACCCGUCCUCGUGACCUCUUGCGACAAUGCCAUAGGCCUGCAAAUAGCUCUUCAUCUUGCCGAUAGAGGAUACCGGGUGUUCGCAGGAUUGAAGGAUGGCGCCGCUUCUGGUGACUCGAAUGAUUCGGCGUCAGCGAGGGUUAUCCGCGGAUGGUUGAAGCACAGGGAGAGUCUCGCAUCUAUAAGUCUUCAGGGGACUAUAGUGGCUUUGCCCUUGGAUGUUAACAGGGAGGACCUUCUGCAUGAAUCCGUGGACAUAAUCAGGGCGCAUUUGCCGGCCGGAAAGGACGGUUUAUGGGCGGUUAUUAAUACGAGCGGCGUGAUGUACAGAGGACGAUUGGAGCAGCAGGAUGUGACCCAUUGGGACGCCAUCCUGCGGACAAACGUGGUGGGAAUGCUGCGUGUGGCAAGAACCUUCCAAACCUUAUUACGCUCAUCACAAGGUAGGAUCAUAACGUUGGGAAAUUCCGAAGGCGAAGAGGCUGGUCUCGUCGCAUACACAGCCUCUAGGUAUGCAAUUCAGGGCGCUAGCAAUGCCCUUAGAGAGGAAUUGGCCACGAGUGGAGUGAAAGUGAUUACGCUCAACCCGAAAGGUCUUUCCAUGGAUUUCAUGUUGACAACGCCGAAAUUGAUCAGUAAACCCGAUGCCGAGGUCUCCGUGGACAUAUUCGGCCAUUUGGAGUUCCAACCCAUUGUCCUUCCGCCAUCCGCUUUGCACGUUGUAAACGUGGCGAUAACGUGCGGAAACCCCAAACGAAAUUACACCCUGCUUAAGAAGCAGCUGUGGAGGAAGCCUCUGCACAUUUUUACUGCUUAAGACCUUCUUUUGGUUUACGAAUCAAUAUACAUUUUAUCAACAACCCUAACAUUUUUAUUUUUUGUGUGUAUAUAGUAGGUAUAGGGAUGUUUUUUUU